AUGAGCGUCUUCGUGCUGUUCGCCACGUUGUCCUUCGUUGUUGCAUCUGUCGAAUCAACGGUGUCGAGCAACGCUUCAGCGUCCGAGUCUCUGAUUGAAGUACCCACCGCAACCGAGCCUUCGUUCAAGUUUGGUACGCCAACUUUCUUCGGGUCCGGGUGCCCUGCCGACACGGUCACUGUCGUGCCGUCCACCGACGGCCAGACUGUCUCGGUGCUCUUCUCGCAGUUUUCAGCGCGCACAUCCGGUGCCGACGUGACGCGCGACCGCAAAUCGUGCAACCUGGCAGUACCCGUCGACGUCCAGAGCGGCGUCUCCAUCGGCAUCUUCCGCGUGGACUAUCGCGGCAACGCGUUCGUUCCGAACCAAAGCGGCUCGUACGGACAGUUCGAUGCCGAAUACUACUUCGCCGGACAGCGAGGCCCCGUGGCCUCCCAGAAGUACUCACCAGGAACGGACAAAGACCUGUUCAUUUCGCACGAGAUCGGAGUGAGCGCAGUGGUCUGGACGCCAUGCGGAGCCUCGACGAACUUUCGGGUUAAUAGCGCGAUCACGGCGGUAAAGAAUGCUCGCACGAAGGAGGAUACGCAGAUGGCGAUCGACUCUGUGGACAGCACGGUGCAGGCAGGAUUCCACUACUCCAUCACGACGCGGAAGUGUUCGCAGUAG